GCGCAGUAGAGGUGUAGCGUUUGGGCUAAAAACGAAGCCCGCGCCAGAGUAUCUAUCUUUCAAGUAUUCGCCUCCGAAUAAUUUAAACCUACUUCGGUAUAAUGGACAGAGAUAGCACCUUUCUCGCGGGUGGCGUGCGAUCCUAAGAAAGAGCAGAAUGCGGCCGUGCCCCACCUUCCUGCUGGUGCUGCUGCGCUGGGUGCGGUUGCGCAUGUGCGCCAGACGGUGGCGCUACAGCAAUGGCAACAACAGUAGACUACCUCUGUGUGUGAGACAGAGAUGGGCCUACCUCAAACUGAUGGUUAACUCACUCUAUUACAACUCCCUCACCAACUCUGAUGUCGUCAUGGACUCACUGAUGGAACCCAUCUUCUGGAUGGUGGACCUACUUACCCGCUGGUUCGGGGCGGUGUUUGUCUGUCUGGUGGUGAUACUGACCAGUUCUAUCCUGCUGAUAGCCUACGUGGGUCUGCUGCCCCUGAUUCUCAACACCUACUCUCCACCCUGGAUAGUCUGGCACAUCGGUUAUGGACACUGGAACCUCAUCAUGAUUGUCUUCCACUACUAUAAAGCCACCAAGACCUCCCCAGGAUACCCCCCUACGGUAAAGAAUGACAUUCCGUUUGUGUCCGUGUGUAAGAAGUGUAUCAUCCCCAAACCAGCCAGGACUCACCACUGUGGAAUCUGCAACACGUGCAUUCUGAAAAUGGAUCAUCAUUGUCCGUGGCUGAAUAACUGUGUUGGCCAUUUUAACCAGCGCUACUUCUUCUGCUUCUGUCUCUCCAUGACCCUGGGCUGUGUCUACUGCAGCAUCAGUGGCCGGAACCUCUUCCUAGAUGCUUAUAGUGCUAUAGAGCGCUUCAAACACAUGGACUUGGAUAAAUCAGGUGUCCCGGUGACAGGAAUGGGGCAACUCAUAGGAAUCUUACCUCCUGGGCAGGUAAGCACCUACCAGACCCCUCCUCCUCCCUACACGUUCAGAGACAAGAUGUUCCACAAGAGUAUAAUCUACAUGUGGGUAUUAACUAGCACGGUGGCCGUAGCUCUGGGGGGGCUGACUAUCUGGCACGCAGUGCUGAUAUCCCGAGGAGAGACCAGCAUAGAGAGACACAUCAACAGCAAGGAGGCCGAACGCAUGGCCAAACAUGGCAAGGUGUACAAGAACCCCUUUAACUAUGGCAGACUAAACAAUUGGAAAGUCUUCUUUGGUGUGGAGAAGAGAAGUCAUUGGCUGACGCGAGUCCUCCUGCCCUCUGGACAUGCCCCCUAUGGGAACGGCCUGACCUGGGACAUCUGUCCAAUCAGAAAAGACAUGAUUCCCGUCUGAGCCAAAUACAAAAUAACUGACUUGAGACAUCUACCCAAUGAAGAAAUACCUGAUGGCUGUCUGACCCCUGACCACACAGACUCUGUCGCCCCUGUUCCCUACAGGUGCUGAAGACCGAUGACCAGGUUAUAUAGAUGAGAAGUGGAGUUCUGAGCUGGAGAGUGAGAACUACAGGGAUGGCCAGCAGGGAAGAGAUGGGGAAUGUUUGCAGCGCCCAAGUGAAACAAACCUGGUCAUUUCCAUGUAAAAGGACCCAUGAGCACCAACAUGUGAAGUUCAUAGGAGCAUGUCAAAUUGGGUGUCAAUAUUUUUGAGAAAUUAAUGCAUAUAUACAGUUGAAGUCAGAAGUUUACAUACACUUAGACUGGAGUCACUUAAACUUGUUUUUCAACCACUCCACAAGUUUCUUGUUAACAAACUAUAGUUUUGGCAAGUCGGUUAGGACAUCUACUUUGUGCAUGACACAGGUAACUAUCACAAUUCCAGUGGGUCAGAAGUUUACAUACACUAAGUUGACUGUGCCUUUAAACAGCUUGGAAAAUUCCAGAAAAUGUCAUGGCUUUAGAAGCUUCUGAUGGGCUAAUAUACAACAUUUCAGUCAUUUGGAGGUGUACCUGUGGAUUUAUUUCAAGGACUACCUUCAAACUCAGUGCCUCUUUGCUUGACAUCAUGGUGAAAUCAGCCAAGACCUCAUAAAAAAAUUGUAGACCUCCACAAGUCUGGUUCAUCCUUGGGAGCAAUUUCCAAACGCCUGAAGGUACCACGUUCAUCUGUACAAACAAUAGUAUGCAAGUAUAAACACCAUGGUACCACGCAGCCGUCAUGCAUCUCAGGAAGGAGACUCAUUCCGUGUCCUAGAGGUGAACGUAUUUUGGUGCGAAAUGUGCAAAUCAAUCCCAGAACAACAGCAAAGGACCUUGUGAAGAUGCUGGAGGAAACGGGUACAAAAGUAUCUAUAUCCACAGUAAAACGAGACCUAUAUCGACAUAACCUGAAAGGCCGCUCGGCAAGGAAGAAGCCACUGCUCCAAAACCACCAUAAAGCCAGACUACGGUUUGCAACUGCACAUGGGGACAAAGAUCGUACUGAUGAAUCAAAAAUAGAACUGUUUGGCUAUAAUGACCAUCGUUAUGCUUGGAGGAAAAAGGGGGAGUCUUGCAAGCCGAAGAACACCACCCCAACCGUGAAGCACGGGGGUGGCAGCAUCAUGUUGUGGGGGUGCUUUCCUGCAGGAGGGACUGGUGCACUUCACAAAAUAGAUAGCAUCAUGAGGAAGGAGAAUGAUGUGGAUAUAUUGAAGCAUCAUCUCAAGACAUCAGUCUGGAAGUUAAAGCUUGGUCGCAAAUGGGUCUUUCAAAUGGACGAUGACCCCAAGCAUACAUCCAAAGUUGUGGCAAAAUGGCUUAAGGACAGACAACAAAGUCAAGGUAUUGGAGUGGCCAUUACAAAGCCCUGACCUCAAUCGCAUAGAAAAGUUGUGAGCAGAACUGAAAAAGUCCGUUACACCAGCUCUGUCAGGAGGAAAGGCCAAAAUUCACCUUGUUUAACUUGUUGUGGGAAGCUUGUGGAAGGCUACCUGAAAUGUUUGACCCAAGUUAAACAAUAUAAAUGCAAUGCUACCAAAUACUAAUUGAGUGUAUGUGAGCUUCUGACCAACUGGAAUUGUGAUGAAAUAAAUAAAAGCUGAAAUAAAUCAUUCUCUACUAUUAUUCUAACAUUUCACAUUCUUAAAUUAAAGUGGUGAUCCUAAUUGACUUAAGACAGGGACUUUUUUACUAGGAUUAAAUGUCAGGAAUUGUGAAAAACAGAGUUGAAAUAUAUUUGGCUACGGUGUAUUUAAACUUCCGACUUCAACUGUAAAUGUUUAAAUGAUUUUACAUCCUAAAAAUGUGGAAUAGGCAAACGCUUUGAUUUUUUGUCAAACAGAUGGAAAAGGAGUCUUGGAAGACAUCUACCAGAAAAAGUCUUAAAAUGUAUUCGAAAUAUAUCAAAAGACAAUACUAUUGAAGUAAAGACCCCUGCCAACUAAUGGCAACACAUUUUAGCUGAACUUUUUCUGCCUUCUGUAAGUUUUAAGAAACAUUGCCUUUUGCCUUGAAAUUCCUUUACCAAAAACCCACAUAUCUUUAAGAUAUUUAAAACAUUUCUCAUUUACUUGUUACUCCUUCCAGAAGUAACAAGUAAAAGUAGAACUAUCAAUUAGUGAUAUUGUUUUUACUUAAUGAAUUAAGGUAUUAAAACUUUUAAUUCUGUUACCAAAUUGCAAUUGAAUUGGCUACAAUGGGAAAUCAUAGUAUUCACAUACCACAGUUGUGUCACCUGCUACUGUCCUCCCUUCCACUGGCAUACUUUUAUGUUCAGCUUAUAACUGUUUUGUUUUGGUCUUAGACAGAAAUGAAUUGUAACCUCUUAACAGCUUUUACAGACACCUACCCAUGAGUCCUCUCUUUCCAUUUACUGAAACCAGCCUCCUCCUCUACUGAGCAUCGGACGUCCCAUGGACGUAAAAAGUAGUUAAAAUUUGGUUCAAUCUGCCCUGGCCUUGAUUUCAUUGCCCACAGAUGUUUUUUGGUCCGGACCAGCCUUGGUUUCAACAUCCACAAACGUCUGGACCGGCCUUCAUUUGACCCAAACAUAGUGUUUCACAAGUUUGAACAGUACACUACAGUAGAGUAUCGUUCAGUACAUUACAGCACCGUAGGUGAAGUACAGUAAAGUAUACAGCACCAGUCAACGGUUUGGACACACCUACUCUUUCCAGGGUCAACAUUGUAAAAUAAUAGUGAAGACAUCAAAACUAUGAAAUAACACAUGGAAUCAUGUAGUAGCCAGUUGUUAAACAAAUGUAAAUAUAUUAUAUUUGAGAUUCUUUAAAGUAGCCACCCUUUGCUUUGACAGCUUUGCACACUCUUGGCAUUCUCUCAACCAGCUUCACAAGGUAAAUGUUUCACAGAGUUCAAGUAACAGACACUUCUAACAUCAACUGUUCAGAGUAGACUGCAUGAAUCAGACAUUCAUGGUCGGACCACUACUUAAGGACAGUAAUGAGAUGGUCGGACCACUACUAAAGGACAGUAAUGAGAAGAGACUUUCUUGGGCCAAGAAACACGAGCAAUGGACAUUAGACCAGUGGAUAUCUGUCCUUUGGCCUGAUGAAUCCAAAUGUGUGAUUUUCUUUUUUCAGUGAUAUGCCAUCCCAUCUGGUUUUGACUUUGUGGGACUAUCAUUUGUUUUUCAACAGGACAAUGACCCAAAACACACCUCCAGGCUGUGUAAGGUUUAUUUGACCAAGGAGAGUGAUUGAGUGCUGCAUCAGAUGACCUGGCUUCCACAAUCACACGACCGCAACCCAAUUGAUAUGGUUUGGGAUGAGUUGGACCACAGAGUGAAGGAAAAGCAUCCAACAAGUGCUCAGCAUAUGUGGGAACUCAAGAGAGGAAAAGCAGAGUGCCAAGAGUGUGCAAUGCUGUCAUCAAGGCAAAGGGUUGCUACUUUGAGGAAUCGAAAAUAUUACAUGAUUCCAUAGGUGUUAUUUCAUAGUUCUGAUGUCUUCAUUAUUAUAAUAAAAAUUAAAGAAAACCCCUUGAAUGAGUAGGUGUGUCCAUAUUCUUUCACUGGUACUGUAGUUCAGUACAGUGAAGAAAAGUAGAGUUCAAAACAAUACACAGUAGAGCACACAAGUUGAGUACACAAAUGACUGUACUGAACUACACUACCGUUCAAAGGUUUGGGGUCAUGUAGAAAUGGUCCAUUAAAAUAACAUAAAAUUCAUCCGAAAUACAGUGUAGACAUUGUUAAUGUUGUAUAUUACUAUUGUAGCUGGAAACAGCUGAUUUUUAAUGGAUAUCUGCAUAGGUGUACAGAGGCCCAUUAUCAGCAACAAUUCUCCUGUGUUUCAAUGGCACGUUGUGUUAGCUAAUCCAAGUUUAUACUUUUUAAAGGCUAAUUGAUCAUUAGAAAACCCUUUUGCAAUUAUGUUAGCACAGCUGACAACUGUUGUGCUGAUUAUAGAAGCAAUAAAAAUAGUCUUGUUUGGUGGCAUAGCUAAUUAAAAUAAUAGCCAAGUAUGCAAAGAAUGAUAUUGCAUAUUUCUACCUUUUGGUCUAACUAUUUAGGAUACAUCACCAUGAACAGAAUUACAUCCAUAAUUUUGCAUUUCUGUGUAGUACAGAUCAGGGACCCAUGAUAAAAUUCUGUUACCAGGUGUAAAUCCACUUCACUUAUUGUAAUUCCAAACUCAAGCUGUUAUCAUAACUGGCACCACAUUCUUUCUGAAGACAUUGAAUCUAGAUAUUUAAACGUUUUUGAAAAUGUGGUCAUGUAAAAAACUGAGGGAGAUUUUAAUGAAAUUAUGUUACCUAAAUUUGCACCUGCACAGUUCUUCCAGUGAAUGUGUUUUUGUAAAAUAUUCAAGUGUAAAUUGUUGAAAGUUGUCCUUGUGCAUAGAUGUGUAUGGUUUGUUAAACUUUGGAAUCAAUGGUUUUUGUUUGGCAUAGAUUUGAAGUGUAAAAUCUGACUCAGCGCAAUUCAGUUUACCGUGGAAUUGCCCCCCUACAAAAUGUUUAGAACCUGGUCCUCUUUAAAAAAAAAUAAAGGGGAGCAGCACACUC